AAAUUUUAAAAUGAAUUUUCUUGCAAAACAUUUUUUUGAUUACCAAUCAGUUAUUAAUUUACCCCAUACAGCCGUUCAAAUGCAUAAAAUGCCCCCUUCCCAAGCUGGCUGUGAUCCCAGUGCCGCUUGGGCCCCAAAGGAUUUACAUGUUUCAGGCAAAAAUCAUGCAGCGCCCGCUGCUCGUGCUAAUCGGGGUUAUCAUGGGGGAGAUCAAAGGACGGGAAGUCAUCGACAUGGAAGGCCGAGUAAAUUAGAAUUUAGAAAUUGGGGAGAAAGGCAUGGAGGUAAUGAGAGGGAGAGGGGGGGUGGAUUUAAAAUUAAUUUAUUUAAUUUUAGAAUUACGUUCAGAAAAGAUAAUUCCCCACACAGUAAAUUUAAUUAA